AUUGAUAUAUACUAAAUUCCAAGGUAAAACAAUAAUUUAAUAUUUAGAUUUAACUUUACAACUAGUUGACAUUAACUACAUUUGUCUAAGCAACUGUUCGAAGAAAUUUCAUUUAAUAUACAUCCUUCAAUUCGUAUGAAGAUCAUGAUGUGGAUGAUAGUAUUUAUUACUUGGAUUCUUGCUGUGUAUGCCCCAAUUCAAAUUCGCGGUGAAGUUGAAGACCCGACUGCUUUAGAUGAUCAAGUGGAAAAUGGAUUAAAUGAUCAAAUUCUAACUGAGUACGAGGCUUUUUAUAUUUAUGACCAUAUCGCGUCUUAUCUAUCUAGACCAGAGGUUGGAUUGUCAGGUUUCGCGAAAUUUUUCCGUGAAAGUGCAAACGAAGAAUUGGAGCAUGCACGUAAAUUCAGUGAAUUUGUCAAUAAACGAAACUCAAAGGUUGUCCUGAAAAAUAUUUUAAAAAACCAUCGUGUCAAUGAACUUGCAUCUUCAGGCGUACCAAUGGAUUUUAAAAAUAUUCAUGAAGUAAUUGAUACAGCAAUUAGAAAAGAACUUCAAGUCACUGCACACAUCAAUGAACUGCAUAAAUUAGCAUCGCAGAUGAAUGAUGCGAUUACACAAGAUUUUUUGGACGAUUUUCUACAAGAACAAGUGAAUUCUGUUAGUAAACUAAGAGAAAUGCGUGCUCGACUACAUUUGGAUAAUAGUGCUGUUUACCUGAUGGAUAAAGAAUUUCGUUGAACUGGUAAUCUGUUUGCAGCAAUAAUAAUUUCUUUCUUUUAUUCUUCUUUAAAAUCUGUUGUUUAAAAAUGAUAAUGAUUUCCUGCAAUUAUAUGCAAAUUGUAGACGAGCAUUACCCUUUUUUGUAUAAAAAAGGUUACACUGAUUUUACAUUUGCUUGAUCUGUCUUUUUAUUUGGAUAUGUUGAUAAGAUAUUAUCUCAAGUGAUUUGCUAAUCUGAUUUCCUUCAUAAUCUUAAACAUUUAAAUUCAAAUAGUAAUGAUAUAAAGUUGAUAUUUAUUUGACUAGUUUUAAAAAGAUGAUGAAUACGGUAUAAUA